ACAGACUCAUUUUAAAGAAGUUGAUCAUUCCUUAACAUCUACCUAUUAGUCUUAUCUUGAGAAUUUUAGGCCUCUCAGUUCCUCUAAUAACGCAGCCAGAAUGUGGGCUGGAGGAUGCAACUGGCAGAACUGGGCUCUCCAGAGCCAAAAACUUCAGAGCAUGAAUCAUGAUCAAGUUGACUGGGCAACACUGGCAAAGCAAUGGAUACAAAUGAAAGACACUGUUCCAUCUGAUGCUUCUGUUGCUCCCACGACAUGCGCAGCGGAAACCACUUUUGUCACCACUGCCAACCUAGCGGCACCCCCACCACCACCUCCUCCUCCAAUGCCUACCUCAGAAGAUUUAUCCAUCCCCCCACCCCCAGGCACUACUGUUUCUGAUGAACAUGAAGAUGGAGGAGAAAUGGACAUGGAAAUAGAAGAUGACACUACUGUUGUUACUCCCACCCAAGUAGUGAGCAACAUGCAGCCAAAUCAUCACAAUGGGGCACCUUUUAAUGGUGGGUGGGCCCUUGGUGCUUCUAAUGAAAACUGGGGCUGGAAUAACACCAGCAGCCAUGAGCACAACAACUGGGGCUGGGGGGCUGAUGCUGCAGUGAGGGGAGAGUGCUGGAGUGUCGAGGGUUCCACAUACCCCACUGAAGGAUAUCUGUGGGGUGACGGAGUUGGAGAACAUCACAUGGUACCAGCCAUCACCACCGACUAUGAACAUGGCGUCCGACACAGCAGGUCUUCCUCGAGUAGCUCUCGAGCCCGCAUGGAUUAUGGCAUGCGAGACAUUCCAGAAAAAGAGGCGGACUUCCAGCUAGAUGCCGCGCAGCGCAAAAAACUUCCUCUGUGGAUCAGGGAAGGGCUGGAAAAGAUGGAAAGAGAAAAACAGAAAAAGCUUGAGCGAGAGAAAGCUGCUUCAGAGAAGGAGGCCAUGUUGAAGCACAAGCGAGAAGCAGCAGAGCGGCGUCUAGCCGAGCACCCAGACGGAGCUAUGAUACAGCCUGCCAAGAGCAAAUUUGACAGCGACAGCGAGGAG